GCCGGCGACGCAUUCAUGUCCGCGUGUACUGGAUACGAAGACACGAACUUCCGUGUUGCGUGUUGCGAAUAUUAAAAAUGCGGACGAAAGUGUUAUUAUUAGUGACUUUAAUCCUAAGCGAAUUGUUUUGUGGAUAAUUACACGUGUACCGCACGGACAGGAUAAAUUAAUCAUGGUGGAUUUGAAAAAUGAGCCGGCGGCCACGCCGAAGAAGAGCAAGCACCAGCUGCUGUCGAUGACGACGGUGAAGAGCUGGUUCAUGUCGGAGAAGAAACAUCAUGCGGAUACGCCGUUCCGGCAGAGGAUGCCCGAGUCGUUUUUGCGCUCGAUUCGUAGGCGAUCAUUGCGAGUUAAACGCGCGAAGAGUUUAGUUUUACCGGAAAAACGCAAGUCAGAUUCGUUUGUGAACAGUCAAGAAUGGACGUUAUCACGCUCUGUCCCGGAUCUCCGACUGGGAAUCGUCGGUUCGCUAUCGUCGGGGAAAUCGGCGCUGGUACAUCGUUAUCUCACCGGCAGUUACAUGCAAGAGGAAUCGCCCGAAGGCGGCCGAUUCAAGAAGGAGAUCCUGGUGGACAAUCAGAGUUACCUGCUGUUAAUCCGCGAUGAGGGCGGGCCACCUGAGUUGCAGUUUACUGCUUGGGUGGACGCGGUGAUAUUCGUAUUCAGUUUGGAGAACGAAUCCUCCUUCAAUGCCAUUUAUAAUUACUAUACAAAGAUGUCACAGUUCCGAAACUCGGCCGAGAUACCAUUAAUUUUGGUGGGCACUCAAGAUGCUAUCAGCGAGAACAAUCCACGUGUCAUUGAUGAUUCGCGAGCGCGCAAAUUGGCCAAUGACCUGAAGAGGUGUACCUAUUACGAAACCUGCGCCACGUACGGCUUGAACGUCGAGCGUGUCUUUCAAGAUGCUUGUCAGAAAAUUGUGCAGCAACGAUUGACCACAUCGGCGGCAUGCUUGACUCCGACGAAUUCUCGCCCCUCGACGCCUAACAAUCAUUUCCACACCGCCGGCGGGCCGCUGGCCACAGCUCCUCGAUAUCAUCUCUCUAGUAAUAAUGGCUUCAGCAAUGUAGGACAAUCACCCGCUGCGAACCACAUGUCCCCUAGUCACAAUCACACUCUAUCACAUAAGGAAUCGGUCGCAUUGUCUCAGUUGGGUGGCAGGCAGGUGCACACAUUAUCCGCAUCAAGUCACCAUCUACACCGUGCGGCCGAUAAACACGACGGACUUUUCCGCAACUCCGAAGAGAAGUGGAACUCUUCUUCUUCUACCCUAGGCAGCCACGGUUCGUCACAGGCGCUGGUCAUGCAAGCCAUACCGACGGAAAACAAUAACAUUGCAAAGUUCACCGCCCCGCAUCCGCUAGACAAUAACCAGACGCCGGUUAUCAAGGAUAAGGACCUGCCAACACCCAGCUCCACUCCGACGACGUCGCGUAAGAGCCGUCGGCGCUCGAAUCUCUUCACCCCGUCGAAAAAAGCCGACGAUAAGUUGAAGAACGGGGGUGAUAUUGGUGUUGGCAGGGCGAUACCACUCAAACAAGGAUAUCUCUAUAAAAAGAGUAGUAAGCCCUUGAACAAGGAGUGGAAGAAGAAGUAUGUGACGCUGUGUAACGAUGGUAUCCUCACUUACCAUCCGAGUCUGCAUGAUUACAUGGACGAUGUGCACGGUAAAGAGAUACCACUUCAAUAUGUGACGGUGAAAGUGCCAGGACAAAAGCCGCGCGGCUCGAAGAGUAUAAUCACUGUCGCCGGCACGAACGGCAGCAGUAUUAAUGAAAGCCUUGGGGGAUUAUCAAUUGGUUCAAGGGACAAAAGAAUCACUGAAAAUGUGUUGCUAACAGGAUAUGACACCGUCAAGGAGCCCGGCAAGUACACUCAAGCCAGCGGUGAUGAAGGCUUCAACAGUAACACCUAUAUGAAUGGUGAGAAUCUGAAAUCCGAAACCCCGAACGUCAAGAAGCGGCAUCGUCGCAUGAAGAGCAGCGGUGUGAAGAAUUCCGAAUAUGAUGACGCCGACGGCUAUGAGUUUUGCAUUGUUUCUUUGGAUAAUAAACAGUGGAACUUUGAGGCGUCCAGUUGUGAGGAGCGCGAUCAAUGGGUGACGGCCAUCGAGGAGCAGAUUCUCAAGUCGUUGCAGCUCAACGAGUCGUCGAAGACGAAGAAGCAGAAUCCGAUGGAGGCGGCGAAUAUUCAAAACAUUCGCUCGCGGGUACCAGGCAAUGAUUUGUGUGUCGACUGCGAUGCACCAAAUCCUGAUUGGGCUAGUCUUAACCUGGGCAUUCUGAUGUGCAUUGAAUGUUCGGGAAUUCAUCGGAAUAUGGGAUCACAUAUUUCCAAGGUUCGAUCGUUAAAUCUAGACGAAUGGCCUCCUGGUCAUUUGAGUGUAAUGUUAGCGAUUGGUAACGCAUUGGCAAACUCAAUAUUUGAAGCUAGGACCCAGCUUAACAUCAAACCAGCCCCGAAUACUAGUCGAGAAGAGAAGGAGCAGUGGAUUCGGUUGAAGUACGAAGCGAAAGAGUUUCUUCCGCCUACAUGCAACAUGAUGCCAUUGGAUAAACAACUGAUUGACGCGGUAUGCGCCUCGAAUAUUAAAAAUAUCCUGCAGGUCCUUGCGCAAGCCAGUGCUGAGCAUGUGAAUUCCACUGUGGGGCCUAAUGAUCUACGAAGUCCUCUUCAUCUCGCGUGUGCAAUGGGUAACUUAGCUGUGGCACAGUUAUUAAUCUGGCAUCAUGCGAACGUGAAAGCCACGGAUGAAGAUGGCCGAACAUGUCUGACGUAUGCACGCGCAGCGCUGAGCAUAGCCACGGCGAAGCAACAAAAAAUCGGCAGUGUUGUGACCAGUGAUAAUCAAGUAGUUGCCUGCAAUAAUCUCAUAGACCUGUUGGCAGCAUGCGGCUGUCAGGACGUGGCGGUGGUGCCCGGUUCCGGUACACUGCCACGUCGACGCGGAAGCCAAGCGCUUCCGCCCCUAGAAAAAGUGACGUCGAGCGUCAUCUAAACAAACAAUCUGUAUCUGCAAUAUCUUGUACAUGGAUUUAUUUUUAACUUAAUUCUACUUUAUUUAUUAAUGACUCCGCAUGGAGUUGAAUAGUACAAGUACAAGGUCGUUACAAUACUUAGUGCAAAAUGUAUUUCACAUUCUGUUUCGGUUGAUUCUCUGAAUCUCUUAGCACACACGUACUUAGUUAAAUAUUAGGGGACAAGAAGAGGAGAAGGAAGAAUUUGUGUCAUUAGUGUCAUGCCCACGUAACCGCGAUGUCAAUUCCUGCACUGAUAACUGAUAACUCAUUCAUACAGUAACUAUAUCUAGACUAAUUCGAAAAGAAAGUGACCACAAUGAGUAUUACCUAAAUCGUAAGUAAUUAAUGGAUACUUAUAUGCAUAUAUAACGGAUGUGAACACUGUGAACAGAAGUUUCUAUGUCGUUUUUUGUAAUUUUUGUACCGUUUUGAGGGUUUGUUUUCAUUUCGAGCAUCUUCUGCGUUUCCGUCUGCAUCAACCGCCGAUUAAAAAUGAUUGAUGUGUUAUUGUCCUUUAAGUAUUGUACACAACUGUUAUGUUUUAUUUGUAUAUAAUUUUGCCAAAGAAUGUUUUUAUAUGUUUAUGCUACAUAAUGUACAGAAAUUAUAUAUGUUGUUCCACCUCA